GAGCCUAUAAUGCUCCCGAGGCCAACUGCGACGCGAUCGACGAGCCGGAGGGCGUACAUCGCAGCGAGCGUGGGGGAGAAGCAAAGCCCGGACUGCUCCCUUCCUGCCUCUCUCACUUUGCGCUGCACGACAACUCUUGAAUGGCCGCGAACAUGGAAGAGAACCUAGAUGCAGCGAUAGAUUCUUUGUUGAACGUGGAGAAGCAAAUGAGGCUUGCUGGUGAUGUGGCUGGAACGAAGAAAGCAGUUAUUGAUAUUGUGGAGCUUUGCUAUAAGGCACGCCAAUGGAAGACACUGAAUGAUCAGAUUGUUCUUCUGUCAAAGAGAAGAGGGCAACUUAAGCAGGCUGUGACUGCCAUGGUGCAAAAAGCUAUGCAAUACAUUGAUGAAACACCUGACAUUGAUUCUCGCAUUGAGUUAAUCCAAACUUUGAGCAAUGUCUCAGCUGGGAAGAUAUAUGUUGAGAUAGAAAGAGCACGGUUAAUUAAAAGACUUGCAAAGAUUAAAGAAGAGCAAGGCCUUAUUGCUGAGGCAGCUGAUUUGAUGCAAGAAAUUGCUGUGGAGACUUUUGGAGCAAUGGCCAAAACUGAGAAAAUUGCUUUCAUUCUUGAACAAGUUCGGCUGUGCUUAGAUCGUCAAGAUUAUAUGCGUGCACAAAUUUUGUCAAGAAAAAUCAGUCCUCGAGUGUUUGAUGCAGAUGCUUCAAAGGAAAAAAAGAAGCCAAAGGAAGGGGACAGUGUUGUCGAAGAGGCACCUGCAGAUAUACCUUCCCUAUUGGAGCUGAAGCGCAUCUACUAUGAGCUUAUGAUUCAAUACCAUUCUCAUAACAAUGAUUAUUUAGAGAUUUGCCGGAGUUACAAGGCAAUAUAUGACAUUCCAUCUGUAAAAGAGGACCCAGCAAAAUGGACUCCGGUGCUAAGAAAAAUUUGUUGGUACUUGGUGUUGUCGCCACAUGAUCCUAUGCAAUCAAGUCUUCUCAACUCUACACUAGAAGAUAAAAAUCUUUCUGAACUUCCUAACUUUCGCUUUUUGUUGAAGCAACUAGUGACUAUGGAGGUUAUUCAUUGGGCUAAUCUUUGGGAGAUGUACAAGAAUGAGUUUGAAAUUGAGAAGAAUCUUCUUGGUGGAUCUUUGGUUCCAAAGGCAGCUGAUGAUCUAAAGCUGAGGAUCAUUGAACAUAAUAUAUUGGUUGUGUCCAAGUAUUAUUCGAGGAUAACCUUGAAGAGACUCUCUGAUUUACUGUGCCUCAGUUUACAGGAGGCGGAGAAGCAUCUGUCAGAUAUGGUAGUAUCAAGAGCCUUAGUUGCGAAGAUCGACAGGCCCAUGGGAAUUGUGUGCUUUCAGACUGUCAAGGAUAGUAACGACACACUCAAUGCAUGGGCAACGAAUUUGGAGAAGCUACUUGAUCUUGUUGAGAAGAGCUGCCACCAGAUCCACAAGGAGACCAUGGUUCACAAAGCUGUUCUCAAAGCCUAGUUUAUUUUUCUGUCUAGUAUACAGUGGUUUCCUAACAAUUUCGGAUUUAAAUGAUGACAAGCUUGCUUCGAGUUCCAACUUGGUGACUACUUGGCCUGUUUGAAUCUCGCAACUCAGGGCUUAAGUAUAUUCAUGCAAAUGCCUUUUGUUCUCCUCCAUGUUGAAUUACAGAUUGUGUUGGGUCAGCUACCAAAAUCCUUUCAUAAUUGCUUGGAUGUGUGAUUAGAUUUUGAUUAUGUAUCUUGCUAUGCAUCAUACCAUGAAAUACUUGUUCGUAUUAGUGUCUUAUGAGUUA